AUGUCUCCUGCACCCGCAGCACCUGCAGUAAAAACAACUGAAAAGGCUCCUAAAAAGUCUUCUGAAAAAGCUACUGAUAAGAAGGGAAAGGAAGUAGAAGUAGAACCAGUAAAGGAAGAACCACUGGAUCCUCUAGCUGAAAAACUUCGCCAAAAAAGACUAGUUGAAGAAGCAGAUUAUAAGUCAACUAAGGAAUUGUUUGGUGGGGCUACUGAUGAAAAGAACAUUGAUACUUUUAUACCGAAAUCUGAGAGUGAUUUCUUGGAGUACGCAGAACUCAUCUCAUACAGGCUCCGUGCUUUCGAGAAAAGUUAUCAUUAUAUGAAUCUACUGAAGUCUGUAAUGAGAAUAUCAAUGACUUCUCUAAAAGGAGCAGAUGCCAAAGAUAUCGCCUCUUCUGUAACUGCCAUUGCAAAUGAAAAGAUUAAAGCAGAGAAGGAAUCCAAUGCUGGUAAAAAGAAGACAGUUGGAGUUGUUCCAUUUUGUUUAACCUAG